UUUAUGUGAAUUAGAAUUGUUGUGGUUCGAGUGACAGCAGAACAAGUAGUUUUCAAAGGGGUUUACAAAGGUUUAUAAGUUUGGCCGAUAACUCUUUGCAAAGCUGUAACAGUCCAGGCAACAUAAGCUGUCGAUUCUUGUUGUAAAGUUUACCAAAGCAAUGAACACUAAUGCCAACAUACGAAGAUUGAUCUUCCUCUUUAUGUCAUUAUUUAUGGUUUCAAUCUUUUUACAAAUCGUCCAAUUUCAAUUUUUUGAAAGGAUGAUCAAAUGUCACACCAACGUUGUAAAUACGAGGAGCAACGAAGAACAAAAUAUUAAACCGCCCAUCUUUUUAAUGGAGCCAGACAUACAACUCCGGAACAAAAGUAAUACCAAGUGUUUACCCGGUAGAGAAUCCUACUUCGUGCACGUCACCUUCGUUAAGUCGGCGAUGGGGAAUACCCUUAACCGAGACACCAUACGUCAAACCUGGGGAUCCGUGUCACAUAUUGGGCACGUCGAUUUUUACACCGUGUUCGUGGUUGGUUCGUAUGGAAGUGAAGCCAACUUUACUUCGUUAGAAGACGAAAGCGAAAAACAUAAAGAUAUUUUGCAAUAUAGUGGCGACGAUAAAUACGGAAACAUAGCGGAGAAGACGUUAGCAGGGAUGGCGUGGGCCGCUACAAACUUACAUUUUAAUACAAAGCCUUUACUUGGGGGUCACUUGUAUGCGUCGGCUGAUGAUGAUAUGUUGAUUGACGUGGACGAACUAAGGAAAAAUAUCUUUAAUUAUUAUCAACAUUCAGGAUAUCUUAGGAUGAAAUUGUUCCCGAUAGUAUGCGGGUUUAAACUGGCGGAGAAAAGUAAACCUCAGAGAACACCAGGCGCCAAAUGGUACGUAUCAGAAGAUGUGUUUAAAUGGGGGGUGUACCCACAUUUUUGCCAUGGCGGGUUUUAUACGAUGUCUAUAGCCACGAUGCUGGAGUUGUACAAAGCUUCGAUGGAAACAAAUCUCUUUCAUUUUGAUGACGUUUGGAUAACUGGGAUAUUACGAAAUGUAAUCGGGAUGCCGAAUAACUAUUUGGUUGCUUCGAUGGGGAGUCAAAUAUCCGAACACUAUGCGGCGUUCGAGAGCAACGAAAUGAACAGAAUUAACUUUCGUGAAAAAUUCGAACAAAAUAUGUUACGAGUGACGCAACCUUAUUGUAGAAAAGCAGUCGAAACAAAAAGCCCUUGAUUUAGUAAUAGUAAAGUGCACUUUACAAUUACCUCGUUUUAGUAUUAUUUUUUAACACAAUAACAAUAGAACUUAUUAGUUUAAACACAUUUAUUUCAAGCUGAUUCAGCGCGUUAUAACAUGUUUGUCACAUGUAUUAAACGCAUGGCCCACCAUA